GAACUAAUCCAGUUCAACCCGUGUCAAUUCCUCACCUUCCCUCGCGCCCGCGGGUAAUAAGAGCAGAAGAUUCUCGAGUGACAACAACAUUCGACGCAAUCGACUUCAGCAGACCUUCGGCCUAUAUAAAACCCGGGAACUCGACCUUCCCUCAGAACACGAUCAUACCCAGACAAGAAAGUCAUGGCAACGAACGGCAUAGCGACUCCAGUCUUCCGCUUCCUCGACCUCCCGAAGGAACUUCGCUUGGUGGUGUACGAACGACUCCCCAUCACGACCCGCCACCACGUCCUCUACGACCCAACGCAUAUCCCUCAAGACCGCGGCGUGACGUCCACCUCCAAGAUGAUACUCGUCACGAAGUCCGUUGACGUGGCACUUUUCCUCACGUGCAAGGUCAUUCGCAAUGAAGCUAUGGUGCUUCUUGCUCCAAUGCUGGACAAAGUGAAAGGGGAGCCUCUGAGGUUCAUCAUAGACACGUCAAGUUUGUUCUCAUUUGCUGGGCAUCCGGGCAUCCUCGACAUGGCCAUCCGGGAGCAUAGAAAGCUACUCCUUCCUCCAACCACCCAUGGAUCCAGGGUCGCUGGCGGCGCUGACUUGCCGGGCGGGUACGGUAACCCUGGCAACCUGACCACAGAACCGCUCUACCUUGGCAAGCACCUCAUCAUGCCCGGAGUGCCCGAGCACGCCCUCGUUUCCAACUGGGUCAACAAAUGUGCAGCCCGGCUCGCCGCUCCGCACAUCUCCAGCUCACCGAUCGGCCGCAAGCACUACAUUGUGACGAUCUGUCCGCAUCCGGCUGGAGCGGGGGACAACUUUCCCACUCAAAUUAUACUCUGGGCGUCCCUCCCGGGGCUUUCCAGGUUUAGUCUACCUUCAGGGGGCACAUUUAGCGUGCUGAUUCAUCCCGGGCACAGACAUCCUCGGUGGAAUGCGUACCACACUCAGAUGCAGGCGGCUGGCUUGUCCAUAACUGAGAGAUACACGACCGUAAACAGACCAAGUCUUGCAGAGUGGGUUGAGGAGUGGGAGGAGAAAGAGAGCUUUUAGGGGGAGUUUGCAUGCCACUUGAGCUGGCAGGUAGUGGGAACGGUAUACAGUGUGAACCUCCCGGACCUUCGACACUGGAUGGACUAGGAACACAUUGCAGGUUCUCGUAGGCGCCCUGCUAAGGCUUGGAACUAUGAAUCGGUAGCCUACACAGUAGUUAGCGUAAUCCAGAUGCUCAUCCUCU